UGCGGGAGAUCAAGAAUGGGUUUGAUCGGAGACAGCGUUGAAUCAAUCCGUUCUUUUAAGAUCAAGAGUUUGGUAUAUGUGACGAUGCAAUGUAAUUUAGGGCUAAUUGUAUCUUCGGCGUUGAUCAUAUGGAAGAGUUUGGUAUAUGUGACGAGGAGCGACUCACCCGUAGUUGUGGUUCUAUCCGAAAGCAUGGAGCCUGGCUUCAAGAGGGGUGAUAUUUUAUUUCUACGCAUGAGUAAAGAUUCUAUUCGUGCUGGUGACAUAGUUGUAUUUAAUGUUGAUGGACGUGAUAUUCCUAUCGUUCAUCGUGUAAUUGAGGUCCAUGAGCAAGAGGGCACAAGAGAAGUUGAUAUAUUAACUAAAGGUGAUAACAACGACCUAGAUGACAGAGUUAUGUAUGCUCGAGGUCAGCGUUGGCUUCAGAAGCAGCAUAUCUUGGGACGAGCAAUAGGGUUUUUACCAUAUGUUGGAUGGGCCACCAUUAUAAUGACUGAGCAGCCAAUUGUUAAGUUUUUAGUGAUUGGUGCUUUAGGAUUGUUGGCGAUAACGUCCAAGGACUAGGGAACUUUGGAGAUGAGUCUGGCAAUACAAAAUAUACAAUUUAAAGGAGCAUAGUUCUUUUCUUUUGUUUUUCUUUCUAACCUUCUGGACCAGAGAAUAUUGUAAGAGUUUUAUUCUAAAUCCUCAAUAUCUCCCUAUUUAUACAGAUGAUAAACACGUAAAAUAUGCAUUAUCUUAGUAUGUUUCAAGCA